UAUUCUCUGUGACGGGAGAAGUUUUUCAACCACAUUCGUUGUUUCAGUAGUAUCAUCCUUUUUUACCAAAAGAAACGUAUAACGACCCUUCAACGUACCUUCAAAGAACCGUCAACGUACUCCCAACGUACCAUCAACGAACCUUCCAUUGCAUGUACCUUGUAGUUCCUGGAGACAAUAGACCACCUGCUGAGAUAGAACACCAGCCGCUCAACACUUGGAAGACAUGCAUUUGGAAACACUCAUUGAUGAUCUUGGAAGCUUUGGUAUUUACCAAAUGAUACUGAUUCCGACAUUAUCGUUAGCAGUAUUAGUACUUGGUCCUACCAUGUUGAUGAUGGCAUUUGCUGGCGUGGAGCCUGAUUGGUGGUGUACUUCACAACAUCUACUGCCCAGCCAGUGGAACGUGAGCUAUGCGAACGGAAGUUAUCAAAAUUGCUUAUGGAACGGAACAUGUGAGAGGAAGUUCAGUGAUGAAAUGGAGACGGCUGUCACAGAGUGGAACUUGGUCUGCCAGAUGAGCUGGGUCAGCAACGCAAUAAUAUCUAUCCAAAUGGUCGGUGUGCUGGUUGGUACUGUGAUUGCUGGCUAUUGUGCAGACGCAUAUGGCCGGAAGAAGGUUUUCUACAGUGGAUUACUUUUAAUUUUCCUGGGAAAUACAGCUUCCGCGUUUUCUGUUUCCUGGGUCAUGUUUACAGUUUUACGAGCGGUCCUUGGCAUUGCCUGCAGCUUUAUAUUAAGUACAACAUACCUCUACCAAAUAGAGUUUGUUGGGAAGAAAUGGCGGGCGUUGAUAUCGUCCCUUCCAACAUGGUCAGUGUCCAUCAUGAUGUUUAGCCUCUUAGCUAAAUUGCUCCACAACUGGAAAUGGCUCCAUCUGGCAACGGCAGCUUUAACAUUCCCAAUCCUCUUUACAUGGUUCUUUGUGCCAGAAUCCCUGCGUUGGCUGGCUGUGAAAGGCCGCGUGGAGGAGGCGAGGCGUGUCAUCAACAAGAUGGCGGCCUACAACAAGAAGCCAGUUCCGGACACGUCCAUCCUGGAGCUGAUAGCUGAGGAGGAGAAGGCGGAGGGGGACAAAGCCAAAUCCUACACUUAUAUAGAUCUGCUGAAGACAAAGAAGCUCGCAAGGAAAACAAUAUUUUCGUGUUAUAUCUGGUUUUCUUGCUCAAUAGUGUACUAUGCCAUCAGCUUCGGCUUGAAGAAUCUGUCUGGUGAUUUCUACCUCAACAUGCUCCUGAUGGCACUGACGGAGUUGCCAAUAACGCCGUGUAUCAUUGUCGUCACCUCUCUGUUUGGAAGGCGGGUCUGUGCUGCCUUCGCGUUUCUUCUGACUGCCGCAGGAUGCUUUGGUUUAGCCAUAUCGACACGAUUAGCUCCGGUGGAAGACAAAGGGAACUACAUCAACGCAUGCGCACUAACAGCCAAGUGUACAACCCUGUUGGGGUGGCUGGUGGUGCAGGCGUUGUGUGUUGAGCAGUAUCCAACUGUGAUCAGGAAUUUGGGAUACGCUGCCAUGAAUUCGGGUGCAAGAAUUGGUGGUAUACUUGCAGGUCUAGUUCUGUCUCUGGGUGGAAGUAAGGAUCUAAUGGUUCCAUUCAUUGCUCUGGGAAUCGUGGUGUGCGUUACUGUGCUUGCUACACUGGGACUCGACGAAACACGGGGCAAAGCUUUAGAAGACACCAUGAAAACCUGUACACCUGAAACGCAUGAGAAGGGGAGGUUACUGCUGUGGGAAGGACAAGGGGGGUCCACAGUUCCACGUGACGACCAGCCUGAUAAGCUUGCCGAGAAAGUUGUCUCCUAGAAUGGGAAGACUUAGAAGACUAAAACUAAGGUCAUAAUUUGACAAGUAGCUUAAACACAAACAGAUAUCGUGAUUGUCUCAAUAUAUCUAUUCAUGUAAAAAUUCAAUGUCAAUGACUGGAAAUAAUAAUUAGGACCCUUACACUCACAAAUGUUUUUUUUUAUAACAAGUUAUGCGUUAUUUCUUGAAUUCUUGAACAAUAUUGAAUCGAGUUCCAUGCUUAACACACACUAUGCUGACUUUUUUUUGAAUGAUGAUCUGCUAGUGGAAGGGUCGUCAUGGUAACUUGGAAUAUACUGGAAGUAAACUGAUUGUUCACUCAA